GGCUUUUGCGUUGAAUUGGGAGAAGGUGCAUGCGAGGUGGUACCUCCAAUUGUCGCCAUCAAACACGAAACGUCACUUUUCCCAUCACAAACAUCACUGCCGCGGCGCAUUGAACCUCCGCUCCACGUCGGAUAUAAUCGCGGGCUGUCUUGGUCGCCACCUGAAUUUUAAAUCAGCACCCAAUUCCGUGUACCGCCCGUUGCUAGCUUGCCGUUUCAUCUGGACCCAGCGCUCCUCCUCCGCUCAACAGCGCCCGUGAAUCUCCUACCCCCAUUCGAGCAACCGCGCAAAUCGCGCCGCCGUCAAAAUGUCGGCGGUCUCGGUGCCCUCGGGACCGCAGGCCUUCACCUCAUCCUACGCGCCCAGAUUGCGCACGUACAACAACUCGCUCCUCAUCCCUGUCAUCAACCAACCGCAAGCUGGCCCGAUAUCCCGAACCACCAAGCGAGGAACGACGGUAAUCAACUAUGCCGAAGAUGGAUACGACGACUACGAUGACGACGAUGACGAUAGCCGACGCCGACCGACCGGCCUGCGAAGUUUGCGCCGUGAAGACAGCGUGAACAAAGCCGACGCUGCCGAGCGGGUCAACAAGGAGACAACGACACCCGUGACGGUUCCAGGCAUUUGGAGGGAGUGGAUGGGCAAGACGCGCAUCAACAGGCCAGAAGCGCACAAUUUUGCGCAGGCGCAGCUCCCUCUGACCCUGAUCCCCAUCAGGCUGGACGUUGAGAUCCCCGCCUUCAUACCAGGCCCCAACAUAUCCAAGGUCGACGACCCGAAUCAACCAAAGGAGAUGACGACGCCGUAUCGCCUGAAGGACACUUUCAUGUGGAACCUCCACGAGACUCUGAUUACCACAGACCACUUUGCGACGCAGCUAGCGCAAGAUUUGGACCUUCCCAACAAGGCGCAUGUCAUCGGCGAGAUCAGUAAACAAAUACGUACGCAGCUCGAGGAGUAUGCCGGUGUCGCACUUCACCCGCUUUUCCACUCUGCGCAGAAGCAAGGGGCACCGACCCAAGCUGCCACGGACCGCGACGCGUCGUCUACACCGAUAAUCGGUCGAUCAGAUACCCCACUCCGGAACGCAGCGCUUGGACGAAGCACCCCCUCACGUCCCGCGGCGCCAGCUACACCGGGACCGACAACAUCGGCACUUCAGGGUGAGGUUACUGCCACUGCUGAGCACAUCACAGCAGACUCGGAAGACUUCAACCUCGACGACACUUAUCGCUGUGUUGUCGAGCUCAACAUACACCUCGGAUCACAGCUUUACACAGACAAGUUUGAGUGGUCACUGCUGCAUCCCCCAGGCACAGCUGAGGCAUUUGCCAAAGUGACUUGCGAAGAUUUGGGUCUCUCGGGCGAAUGGGUCCCCGCUAUGACACAUGCUAUUUAUGAGGCGGUAUUACGGUUGAAAAAGGAGGCCUGCGAGUCUGGUGGACUGGUUUCUGGUCUGGCAGGCGAUGUGGGCAGUCUUGACCCCUCCUUGGGCGUCUACUCGUCAGCCACGGUUCACGGCGGUGCCGGCGCGGGCUGGCGCCACGACCCGGACCAUCUUGCCGACGAUUGGGAGCCUCGGCUGGAGAUGCUCUCUAAGGAGGAGAUGGAGAAGCGCGAGGGCGACCGAGAGAGGCAGAUCAGGCGACUGAGGCGAGAAACGGCUCGCUUCAGCAGUCUGGCCGGUAUGGCCGGCGGUGUACCUGUUGGCUUUGGCUUUGGUGGCCUGAUAGAGCAAGAGGAGGAGCGGAUGGGACGUGGAGAACGCAGCAAAAAGAAGCGGAGGUUCCGAAGUCUAUCACCUGUCGGCAGGUCAGCUACUCCUGGUGGUAGGGGAACUCCGGACGUUGGCGGCAGUGGCGGCUACGGAGGAGGCGGCUCUCUGACGGAUGCGGAGCGGUAUCAAUGGCGAUGCACGCACUGCAAGGUGGGGGGAACAUGUGUCUGGGCCGUCCGUGACGGACCACAUGGACCAAGAACAUUAUGCAACAACUGCGGUUUCAUGUAUGAGCGUGAUCAAAAGCUACCGCGGUUCACCAAGAACUUGCACCUCAACGACUUACGCUUCGCCUAGUAUACGCCAGCAACUCAGAUCGGUGUCCGCUCGUCGCUGCCUGUCAAUAAAAGCAGCAACGGCAGCCUUGGUACCCCGGUAGCUAAAACCAUUGCCGACAAGAAUCCGUUCAAAAAGAACCAUUGUUAUAGCAUUCCAUCCAUCAUGGUUCCGAGAAGCACUGGCCGCGCUCAGGGUCUUGCUGUUUCGCUGUCGCGUGCCGCCUGAUGCAUGGUGGGGUUCAAGACGCUCUCCACGAUAAUCAUGUAAUGCGGAAGAACUCAUGAUUGGGCCUGUUCAGGUCAAUUCAAAAACGUCAUUCCGAAAAAAAGGGGACUGUGAUUAACCUGUCGAGACUACGACUGAUCUGGUGGAGGACUCAUGAUUCUCUUCUUCCAUGUGUUGUACUAUAUUGCUGGCGAUUGGGUUGGGGAAUAAUUAUAGCCGCAAGAUUAUUAUUCGAACUUCUUUCAAUGUCUUGAUGGAUUGCAGAAUUUAGUCUGAUGAGGCUGUGCUGCACGCACCUUACUCUUUAUCUCGAGGCACUAACACUUAGCGCUCUUUUAACCACCGUGCCUUGCGUGUGUAAUAUUUGCUGGCCAAGGGUGCUUCCAUAUUGUUACAUGUGAUUCUCAAUCGGUC